GGUCUUGUUUAAAAUAGCUUAGAACUUUUGUCUCUAGAUUGUCCUCUGGGUGAUUUAUCAAGUAAUGACUGGCAUCUGCUUUUAAUUAUUUUUUUUCGAGAAGUGGUCAGAGUAUUAUCACCUCUUUAUGAACCGAACCGUGCCUUAUAUAAGACCAGAGCCAUACUUAAGAAAGUUCUAAUAACAGCGAUGCCAUGCUUAAACCUGGAGUACAUUUCCGGAAGAUGUGAUGUUUCGUGCAAACACUUUUCUCCUUUAUCGAAGUCAUUUGCACGUCUAUUCAAUUAAUUUGUGAUCGACUAAGAGUUUUGGCGAAAAUAUCGAUGCAUUUCGGGCGGUCACUAAGGACACCGGUAAAGAAUAGCAGCUGUUUGGGGAUAUCAUUCACUAGGGUCAUUUCGCCUUUUUCCUGUCAAAAUGCUGCUCUCUCUGGUCGUACACACGUACUCUUUGCGAUACUGGCUUCCGACGGCGGUGAUGCUGGGCACGGCUCCGGCUUACCUGCUGUCCUGGAGCGUUUGGCGGCUGCUGUCUGCUAUAUUACCGGCCAGACUCUAUCACACUGUGGAUGACCGUGCCUAUUCAGUCUAUCAGAGCAUGGUCCUGUUCUUCUUCGAGAAUUACACGGGAGUGGAGAUUGUCAUAUAUGGGGAAAUACCAAAGAAGAAGGAGAAUGUGGUUUAUUUGUCAAACCAUCAAUCUACAGCUGACUGGAUUAUUGCUGAUAUGUUAGCCAUUCGACAAAACGCACUCGGACACGUUAGAUAUGUCCUGAAAGAUGGUUUGAAGUGGCUCCCUCUGUAUGGAUGGUAUUUCUCACAGCAUGGAGGUGUGUAUGUGAAAAGAAGUGCCAACUUUGAUGAGAAAGCCAUGAAGAAGAAACUAUCAUCUCAGACCAGACUGAGCACACCUAUGUAUCUUGUCAUCUUCCCAGAGGGAACCCGCUACAACCCUGAGCUUAAGAAAGUUAUCAGUGACAGUCAAGCUUUUGCUGCUAAACAAGGACUUGCUGUGCUGAACCACAUUUUAACACCGAGAAUGAAAGCGUCGCACGUUGCCAUUGAGACUAUGCGGGAACACCUGGACGCUGUCUAUGACAUAACCGUUGCAUAUGAGGGCACUCUUACAGCCGACGGCCAGAGACAUCCCGCUCCUACAAUGCCAGAGUUUCUGUGUAAGGAAUGCCCCAGGGUGCAUAUCCACAUCAGCCGUGUAGACAUAAAGGAAAUUCCUGCUGAGCCUGACGUUUUCCGCAGGUGGCUACAUCAAAGAUUUGAAAUCAAGGACCAGCUUCUGACCACUUUCUAUGAGUCUGAAGACUCUGCCAAAAAGUGCAGGUUUCCUGGAGAGGGUCGUAAAUCACCUCUUAGUCUUUCGAAGACAUUGCCUUCUCUGCUGGUUUUGGGUGGCCUCACUUUUCCAAUGCUGUUAACGGAGUCAGGUAGAAAACUCUAUCUCAAUACCUGGCUCUAUGGGACUCUGAUCGGAUGGAUUUGGGUCGGUCUAAGUCCAUGACAUAGCCAUACUGGAGAAGAAAAAAUAUCCAGCUCAUAUCAGCGAUUUUAGGUUUGGUAAUCGAAUGUCAUUCUUCAGUUUUAGCUCUUAGUCUACCGUUAACCAUUAUCUUAUUAUUUACUGAAAAGUGUGUCACUUGUUUCCGGUUUUAUUUUCACUCUAGUAGAAUGUAAACGGUUCUACCGUAUGCACUGCAAAGAAGCAAAUAAACAACAUAAACAUUCCCGUUUACAACACACCAAUGCAUCGCUGCGCAAAGUAACCAAUGUCAACAGAGAUGCUGUGUUGGGUUUUUGUCACAUUAGCGUGUUUUCUGUUGGUAUUGGGUGGAAUUCUGCAAGUCAAUAACCAUAUUCCGGUAAUCGUCCAUGAUGAUUAGCUCCUGUCCCUUCCAUUGCAUCACCUCAUUUUAGUACGUAAAUUCAGUGUUAACGUUUCGUUUCUCAACUAUAACCUCAAAGCAGACAUUUGAAGCGAAUAACUAAAUGUCAUGCAGAGACAAUGUUUUGUAUUAACCCAUAGCAGGCCUGGACCUUGUGCCCUUACAAGUAUGCAAUUUUUCUCUCUCUCUAUCUGUAAUUCUGGAUUUUAUUAAUGGUUUAUAAUGGCAGGAUGUUAUUAAUGGUUUACAGGGCCUAUUUUUCAAAGUUUUUGAGGUAAACCAGUUGGAUAAGCAUUAGAUUUUGGUAUCGUUUCACAUCGCUCAUCUUGUAUUCGAAUUAAAACAAUGUCCAUCAUGUAUAGCAUUUUAUUUUGAAGCAUUUGCACUAUUGUUUCAGACUUGGUUGCCAAAUGUGGUGGUUGGAAGGGUGUUGAUUUAAAUAAGUAAAAUUAAUUGUUCCAGACUGUGUUUUUUGCUUUUGUUUGAAGAAUUUUCAGGUUUUUUUGUCUAUAAAUUUGAUCAAGAGCAAUAAUUUGGUCUACAUAAUAGAGUAGUCACGACACUGGGUACGAAUCAGUACUGAAAUUUUAAAAACGUUCAUUUCCUGUGAACAUUUAAGCACUGUGGAGCACGUUCUUAAACAGCGCUGAUUUGCCAUUGUGUUCACAUGCUCAACAGAAAUGACUGUUAUUGGCCGUGAAGGUCAUCGGUUCACCAAACUCACCGCUGUUUAGAUUAGAUUCAACUUUAUUGUCAUUACACAUGUACAAGUACAAGGCAACGAAAUGCAGCUUCGGUCUAACCAGCAGUGCAAUUGACCAGCAGUGCUAACCAGCAGUUUACUGAGUGUAACCACAGAUACAGGGACACUGGAGUGUUUUAAAGUGAUGCCAAUUAGCUGGUUUGUCUAUAAGCUGACAUAUGAGUGAUGCGCUGAUGAAUCGUGGCUUUAAAACGCUCCAGUGUCCCUGUAUCUGUGGUUACACUCAGUAAACAGCGGUGAAUUCGGUGAACUGAUUACCUUCACGGUCAAUCACAGUCAUUUCUGUUGAGCACGUGAACACAAUGGCAAAUCAGCGCUGUUUAUAAACGCGCUCAAAUGUUCGCGGGAAAUGGACGCUUUUAAAAUUUCAGUAUUGAUUGGUAUUCUAGUAUCGUGACAACCCUACUACAUAAUAAGACUGUGAUAUUUUAUUAUGGACAGUAUUGGUUUAUUUUAAUGUACAAUCUCUGACCUCACCUUGUUUAAAUCCUACUUCAGCGAUUGGUUGCUUUCAUUAGCACUAUCCAAUUGAAUUCAAUCUUAACUAUUUGUUGAUUUAAAAAAAACUGUUAAUUAAAUGCUGCUGGAGCUUUGUAGCUGUAGUAGCCCAUAGGCGUUGGCUUCAGCUGAGCUGCCUUUGGAAGAUUCUAGAUCUAAAGAUUUAAAGUAUUUGUGGACUUAUAGGUGAUUGCACCCACUCUUAGCUUGUAAUGUGUGAUUGUCACUGAAAUCCACAAAUAUAUUGAUAGGAAAUGUGAACGUAUGGAAACACACAGCAUAUAAGGCAGUAUGAAAAAGUCAGAAAGCACACACUGUUAUCUUAUCAAGCCCUGAAAUACAGAAUUGACUGUCUGUGAAGAGAAUCAUGUGUCGUGUGUUUGGAUAACCCACUGUCUGUAAAGAGACUCGUGUAUGAUUGGAUAAAAGCAUCUGCCAAAUGAUGAAUUGUGUGUGCGUAAAUGUUCAUUGUCUGUACUUCUCAUGUACAUGUUGCUUCUUUUAAUAAUACAGAUGCUUUGUUUGAUUUUGUUUGAGGUGUUAAUCUUUUCUUUUCGGUAUAUUUUUGCAGGGAAAGUGGUGUUAGUUUCUAUUAUCAUUUUUAUUUUCUUUUUUAAAAGAUGUAUCAAAUUCAGGAGUGUUUAAUAAAGGAAACUGAAAAUGUGCAGUGCUGCGGGUA